AGCGCACAUGUGGCCGCUGACUCCGCCCCGGUCACGUGACGGCGUGCGGGCUGACUCAGCCGGGUCGUCAUGCAGCGUCAGUCUGGAGUCGCACAAUUAUGAAAAAGCAACCUUCCGUUGGAGCUGCAGCCGAAGCGGAUCUCUCCAACGUCAACCGGGCUUUCCUUCCAAGGCUAACCGAGAGCACCGCCGAUAGAUGGAUAAAAGCCACGCCGCAGCUCUUCCUGAGUCUCAACGGUGACGAGAAUGUCCCAGAAACCCUGGAUAGAAAGCACCUUCACCAAGCGGGAAUGCGUGUACAUACUUCCAGUGUCAAAGGAACCCCACAGAUGCCUUCCAGGAUGCCAGAUUUGCCAACAGCUGGUCCGAUGCUGCUGUGGGCGUCUGGUGCGGCAGCAUGUCGGCUUCACAGCCAGCUUGGCUACAAAGUACUCGGACGUGACGUUGGGGGACAACUCCAACCUGUCCAUGCCCGAGCUGGAGGAGUGGUCGGUGGAAAAACACACAGAGGCCAGCCCCAGUGAUGCUUAUGGCGUCAUUAACUUCCAGGGAGGGUCUCACUCGUACAGAGCCAAGUAUGUGCGUUUGUCCCACGACUCUCGGCCGGAGAGCAUCCUGCGGCUCAUGCUGAAGGAGUGGCAUAUGGAGCUUCCUAAGAUCCUCAUCUCUGUCCACGGGGGAGUUCAGAACUUUGAGCUUCACCCGCGCCUCAAGCAAGUGGUGGGCAAAGGCCUCAUCAAAGCCGCGGUCACCACGGGAGCCUGGAUCCUCACCGGAGGGGUCAACACAGGUGUAGCGAAGCAUGUGGGAGAUGCUCUCAAAGAACACUGUUCAAGAUCGUCAAAGAAAAUUUGCACUAUCGGCAUCGCACCCUGGGGAGUCAUUGAAAACCGGAACGAUCUCAUUGGCAGAGACAUUAUCGCUCCGUAUCAGACGCUGCUGAACCCUCUAAGCAAACUAAACGUUCUCAACAAUCUGCAUUCGCAUUUCCUUCUGGUGGAUGAUGGGACAGUGGGCAAGUACGGUGCUGAGGUCCAGCUGCGGCGGGACCUGGAGAAGCACAUCAACCUCCAAAGAAUACAUGCACGAAUCGGUCAGGGUGUUCCCGUUGUGGCCUUGAUCUUCGAGGGGGGUCCCAAUGUGAUCCUGACCGUGCUGGACUACCUUCAGGAGAGCCCUCCUGUCCCAGUGGUGGUGUGUGAGGGGACCGGCCGCGCUGCUGACAUUUUGGCCUACGUCCACAAACAGACCGAGGAGGGAGGUAGUCUGCCCGUCGGAGUGGAGACUGACAUCAUUGCAACCAUUAAGAAAACCUUCAACUUCAGCCAGAGUGAUGCCAUCCACCUCUUUCAGACACUGAUGGAGUGCAUGAAAAGCAAAGAAUUGAUCACUGUGUAUCACAUCAGCUCCGACGAGCACCAGGACAUUGACGUCGCCAUUCUGAGGGCUUUACUCCAAGGCACAAACGCGUCAGCCUUCGACCAGCUGGUCCUGACUCUGGCCUGGGACCGGGUGGACAUCGCCAAGAAUCACGUGUUCGUGUAUGGACAGCAGCUCCUGGUGAGCUCCCUGGAGCAAGCAAUGCUGGAUGCACUCGUGAUGGACAGGGUGGAUUUUGUCAAGUUGCUCAUAGAAAACGGCGUCAGCAUGCAUCGCUUCCUGACCAUCAGUCGGUUAGAGGAGCUCUACAACACGAAACAACAUCCCAACAACCCAACCCUCCUCCACCUGGUUAGAGAUGUUAAACAGAGUCAUCUGCAUCCAAACUACAAGAUCACUUUGAUUGAUGUGGGCCUGGUAAUUGAGUACCUGAUGGGUGGGACCUACAGGUGCAACUACACCAGGAAACGCUUCCGAAUCAUUUACAACAAUCUCCGUGGCAACAGUAGGCAGUCGGGGCGCCACGCGGCGGGUCCUGGUUCUCAUUUGAGGAAGAGUCACGAGUCUUUUAGCAUGCAGGCUGACAAAAAGGAGAAGACGAGGCACAACCACUUCAUCAAAACUGCUCAGCCAUACAAGCCUAAGCUCGAAUCCUCCAUCGAGCAAAACAAAAAGAGAAGCAAAGAAGAGAUUGUGGACAUCGACGAUCCAGAGACGCGGCGUUUUCCCUACCCGUUCAAUGAGCUGCUGGUGUGGGCCGUGCUGAUGAAGAGGCAGAAAAUGUCCCUCUUCUUCUGGCAGCACGGUGAGGAGAACAUGGCCAAGGCUCUGGUGGCCUGCAAGCUUUGCCGGUCCAUGGGCUACGAGGCCAAAAAGAGCGAUGUGGUGGACGACACCUCGGAGGAGCUCAAGGAGUACUCAAAUGAGUUCGGGACGCUGGCGGUGGACCUGCUGGAGGAGUCGUUCAGGCAGGAUGAGACCAUGGCCAUGAAACUGCUCACCUACGAGCUGAAAAACUGGAGCAACUCCACCUGUUUGAAGUUGGCUGUCUCGUCCCACCUGCGGCCCUUUGUGGCUCACACCUGCACGCAGUUCCUCCUGUCGGACAUGUGGAUGGGGCGGCUGAACAUGCGCAAGAACUCCUGGUACAAGGUGAUUCUCAGUAUCUUGCUCCCUCCUGCCAUACUCCUGUUGGAGUACAAAUCCAAAGCCGAGAUGGCUCACAUCCCUCAGAGUCAGGACGACCACCAGAUGACCAUGGAGGACAGCGAAAGCAACUUCCAGAACAUGACUGAAGAAAUCCAAAUGGAUGUGUUCAAGGAGGCCAGAUCCCAAGACCAUGUGGAGACAAAGAGUGAAAUGGAAACCCAAUUCCGCUCCAGAAAGCUGCCGCUAACCAGGAAAAUAUAUGCCUUCUACCACGCUCCCAUUGUCAAGUUCUGGUCUAACACGCUCUUCUACCUGGGCUUUUUGAUGCUCUACUCGUAUGUGGUCCUGGUGAAAAUGCCUACUAUGCCUUCUCCUCAAGAGUGGGUGGUCAUCCUCUACAUAUUCACCUCUGCUAUUGAGAAAAUUCGAGAGAUGUUUAUGUCUGAAGCCGGCAAAAUAGGCCAGAAGGUGAAGGUUUGGUUCAGUGACUAUUUCAAUUUGUCUGACUUUCUGGCCAUUGUCACCUUCUUCAUUGGCUUUGGCUUGCGAUUGGCCGGAGGUGAAGCCUUUAUUGCCGGGAGGACGGUGUAUUGUCUCAAUAUCAUCUUCUGGUACGUGCGACUCUUGGAUAUUCUGGCUGUCAACCAGCAAGCCGGACCGUACGUCAUGAUGAUUGCUAAAAUGGUAGCCAACAUGUUCUAUAUUGUAGUCAUUAUGUUUAUAGUGCUGCUCAGCUAUGGCGUACCCAGGAAAGCCAUUCUGUACCCAAACGAAUCGCCCAGCUGGACGCUGGCUAAAGAUGUGGUGUUCCAGCCAUACUGGAUGAUGUACGGGGAAGUGUAUGCCUAUGAAAUCGAUGUGUGUGCCAAUAACUCAGAUUCGGCAGUGAAGUCUCUGUGUGGAGCAGGAGUGUGGCUGACUCCUUUCCUCCAAGCAGUCUACCUCUUUGUACAGUAUAUACUAAUGGUCAACCUCCUCAUUGCCUUCUUCAACAAUGUGUAUCUGCAAGUGAAGUCCAUUUCGAAUCUGGUGUGGAAGUACCAACGCUACCACUUUAUUAUGGCCUACCAUGAGAAGCCUGUCCUCCCACCGCCCUUCAUCCUCUUCUGCCAUAUCUACUCCCUCUUCUGUACGUGUAGGAAGAGGAAGAAGGAGCAUACCUACGGGCCAAAGCUGUUUCUCACUGAGGAAGACCAAAAGAAGCUUCAUGAUUUUGAGGAGCAAUGUGUGGAGACGUACUUUCAUGAAAAGAAGGAUCAGUUUCACUCUGGGAGUGACGAGCGCAUACGUCUUACCUCAGAAAGGGUUGAGACCAUGUGUUUGCAGCUGAAGGAGGUUGGGAACAAGGUCAACUUCAUAAAACGCUCUUUGCACACGCUGGAUUCCCAGAUUGGCCACCUGCAGGACCUCUCAGCUCUGACUGUGGACACCCUGAAGACCCUCAGUGCUCAGAGGGCGUCAGAGGCCAGCAAGGUCCACAAUCAGAUCAAGCGGGAGCUCAGCCUCUCUAAGAACUUGGUCCCCAGCAUCGCCCCCGGGGCAUCGGACACCGGCCCCCACUCAAAGUCGUCCGCCAUCGGAAAACGCAGCAAGGGGGCGUACUUCAGCUCCUCUUUCCCCCAGCCAGUAGCCAACAUUGCAGAUUCUCUUUUCGGGAUUGGAGCAGGGGGCGGGUCGGAAAGUAGCCGGCGAAUCGGGCCCAUCCACGGAGCGGGACUGGGGCUGGACCCCAACCUCAACCCAUCAUGGAGUCCAGAGAGGAGGGGGUUAUUUGAGCUUGGGCACCUUGCUGCACAGGCCGGCUCCUCGGGCAGCAUCGGCUCCAGUGCCCAAAGCGCUGUGGCCGCUUCCCCUCCGGAGCUGCGUCUCCGAGGCCACUCUCUCUCCCAGAGAAAGCUGACCCGUCCACAGGAGCCGGCUCUCUUCGACUCCCCAUCCAGCCUGCCCAGCGCGCCCUCCCCGGGGGUUCAGUUCCACAUCGGCAGCACGUCUUCCCAGCCCAGUGGCUCCAGCCACCCAGAAAUCGCUCUAGCUAGGCCUUACCAGCAGCCCGACAACACCACUGAGUUUGGGGCAUUUGUGGGGCAUAAAGACAGUUUGGACCUGCAGCACUCCACACCCAAAGAGACCUCCAGCAGACGGCAAAGCCCGGUCCCACAGACCAGAUUACAGACUCCGGCUGAAGGUCAAGGUAAUAUCAGAGCCGUAAACUCUUUCGCUGGCUUCACAGAGUUUGAUAAACACCCAGCUUUCCUGCACCCAGACUCCACUCUAAAGAAGGACAAGAGCAGAGUGUCAGCUGAAGACAUCCUCAUCCACGAGGACCCUCGGGCGGCAGUACCGGAAAGAAUUCAGGUCAAAUCAGCCCAAGCCAGCAGCCUGCGAGCCCCAGGGGAAGAUGCACCAAAUGCAGCAGUUUCUCUCUACGCGCCUCGACAUUCCCACAUCGGCGGCAGAAAGGACUCAAUUGGCUCACCUUUCAAGCCCGUGGAAAGCUACCAGUACUCAGCUGUAGAGCGCAACAACUUGAUGAGGCUGUCCCAGAGCAUCCCCUUCACCCCUGUGCCCCCUAGAGGGGAGCCGGUAACUGUGUACCGCCUGGAGGAGAGCUCCCCCAACACCAUCAACAACAGCAUGUCUUCCUGGGCCCAGCGGGGCCUCUGUGCUAAAAUAGAGUUCCUCAGCAAGGAGGAGAUGGGCGGAGGACUCCGACGGGCCCUCAAGGUGCUCUGCACCUGGUCCGAGUACGACCUCCUGAAACCGGGACAUCUGUACAUAGUCAAAUCCUUCCUUCCCGAGGUGGUCCAAACCUGGCAGAGCAUCUACAAGGAGGACACUGUGCUGCACCUUUCCUACGACAUGAUAUUUGGACCUGCCAACCUGGGGGACGAUGCCAUUAGGAACUUCAGAGCGAAGCACCACUGCAACUCCUGCUGUCGGAAACUCAAGCUUCCAGAUCUAAAGCGGAACGAUUACACUCCAGAUAAGGUGACCUUCCCACAUGACGACCCUUCCAACCCGGGGGGCAGCGUAAAAGAGGCCCGUCAAUCAAUGAGGCAGAUGCUGUGAUUGGUUUGGAGACACAGAGAGAGAACACACAACAAACGAUUUAACACAAAGCCAAGGAGCAGAGAGGCUCGCCCAAUCAACUGGAAGAUUCACCCCUUGUUUCCGUGGAAACCAGUGCAUGCAGAUGUCAUAUUUUUUGUUGAUUCCGCCAAAAUGCUGUGUUGAAUCCAACCAUGCUGACAUACAUACAUAUAUAUAUAUAAAUAUAUAAAAUGAGAGAGCGAACGGGAUUUAUUGACGGGUAUAAUAUCAUUGCAGAGGGUUUAUUAUUUAUUUAAGUUUGAGAAGUUGCCUUGUCUAAAAAGAACAAAUCUAAGUGCUUUGUACACGUGUUACAGCAGCUUCAGAGCCUGCUGGGACUCCGUCACUGCAACAACGCAGUUUGUCACCACAUCAUUUUUAUAAAUGUGUAAACACUUAUAUCACAACCUUUUAUCUUAGUUAAUGGGCAGACCUACAUGCAUUUGAAAAUCUUGUAAAAUAUGGGCUGAUUGCAAUGCAACUUUUACAGAUGUGAUGUAUGUCAUUUUAUUGUAUUGAAAGUGUGUCCACUAAAAAAAUAUUGCGGGAAGUUUUUAUUGUUACAAAGGUACUAUUGCUAUAUCGUUGUCAUCAACUAUCGUAUGAGCAAAUUACAAUCCAGUGUAUCUUAUAGAUACUGUUAUCUGGCAUGAGCUGAACAGAAUAUUUUAUUCAGGGGAACUGACAGACUUAAGGGUAUUACUGUAUACAUUUUGUACUGGACAUCAUUUUAAACAAAUAAAAAUGUAAAAAAGCUUUAGCAACAUUGCUCAGCUC